UGUUCAUUACUUUAAUAGUACUCCAUAGCCAAAUAACAUGGCACUACUAGUUGAGCUCUUAUUCUUCACCCUUUUAGUCUUUGUUCCUCUUAGAGCGAUAACAAAUCUAAUAAUCAAACACAAAUAUGGUCACCACCUCCCUCCAGGUCCCAUUGCCUUACCAAUUAUUGGUCACUUCCACCUUCUGGGCCCACUAAAGCACCGUUCGCUGUACAAACUUUCCCUUCGUUACGGCCCUUUAUUCUCUCUUCGACUCGGCUCCGUCCGUGCCGUUGUAGCCAACACAGGUGACGUUGCGAAACAAUUCCUCAAAACCAACGAGUUCUCUUUUAUUCACCGCCCCGCCACCAUCGGCAUUACCCUUGUCACCAACAACGUGGCGCUCACUUUCGCACCCUAUGGACCUUACUGGAAGUUCGUCAAGAAGUUGACCAUGACCGAGCUCCUUGGAACCCGCUCUGUCAACAAAUUCAUUUCGCUUCGAGCCCGUCAGUGUCGCCGGUUUUUCAGAUUUUUGGCCCAGAAAUCGGAGCUGCGUGAAUCUGUUAACCUUUCGGAGGAGCUGUCCAAGCUGACAAACACUAUUAUGGUGCAAAUGGUGCUUGGAACUCAGUCUGCGUCCAUUGAAGGACGAGUUGAGGAAGCUAGGAUCUUGACACGUGAUGUUACCAAUAUUUUCGGAGAAUUCAAUUUGGCCGAUCAUUUUUGGAUUUGCAAAAAAUUGGAUUUGCAGGGUUUUGAGAAGAGAAUUGAUAACAUCCUUGCUAGGAUUGAUAAGUUUCUGGAGGUGAUUAUUGUGGAGCGAGAAGAACAAAGAAGAUUGAGGAAUAUAAAUGGUGGUGGCAGAGGAGGCAGAAACGGCGUCGUUACUGAGGAAGAUGAAGAUGUCAAGGACUUUCUCGACUUUUUACUUGACGUUAGUGAAGAUGAAAAUGCCGAGAUAAAACUUACAAGAACUCAUGUCAAGUCUUUUGUUAUGGAAUACUUCACAGCGGGUACAGAUUCAACAGCCACGGCAGCUGACUGGACAAUAGGGGAGAUACUCAACCAUCCAAAAGUGCUUGAAAAAGCAAGGGAGGAAAUUGAUCGAGUGGUGGGGAAGAAUCGUCUAGUCGGAGAAUCGGACGGUCCAAAUCUUCCAUAUAUCCAAGCGAUCAUAAAAGAAACAUUGCGAUUACACCCACCAUUUCCUGUGGUCAAUAGAAAAUGUGUAGAAGCAUGUAAAAUAGAUAAAUAUAUGAUCCCAGAAAACACAAUGCUGUUUCUGAAUCUUUGGGCCAUCAAUAGGGAUCCAAACUUUUGGGAAAACCCAUCGGAGUUUCGACCUGAGAGAUUUUUAGAGCCCAAUGAGAGAGACAAAAUGGGCCCAAUUGAUAUAAAGGGCCAGCAUUUUCAAGCUCUGCCAUUUGGGUCGGGUAGGAGGAUUUGCCCCGGUAAGAACUUAGUCUUGCAAAUGUUGCCGGGUCUGGUUGCGGGUAUGAUCCAGUGCUUUGAUUGGAAGGUUGUUAAUGGGAAGAUGGACGGUAAUGAUUCUGUCAUGGAAAUGGAUGAACGGCAAGGAAUGACUUUAUCAAGUGCUCGUGAUCUUGUUUGUGUUCCGGUUGCUCGCUUCAGCCCACUCACCAUCCUUGACCCGUAACGCAGGUCUUAUGAAGUAUGGAAUCAAAGGGUUAUGGUAUGAAAAUAAAUUGUUCCCGCAGAUAUAUGGGAAUAGUACUCUCUUUUGUUAAAUUAAUAUUAUGUAGUUUUCUUUUCUUUUUUGGUUUUUUGGGUUAAAUUAAUGUUAUGUUUAUGUAGUUGUUUGCUUUAUUUAAAAAAAAAAUAAUAAUAAUAAAAUGUAGUUGAUAAAUAUAUGUUACUUAUUUGGAAAACGUUUCCAGUU